AUGCAGCAGCUGCGCGAGGAUUUCCCGGGGAUGCUGGCUGCGGCGAUGCGCAACGCUCUGAAUGGCGCACCGAAUCUUGGUAGCUCCCCGGCUCCCGCCGCUCCUGCGCCCGCGCCUGCCCCUGUGAAUGCGCAGGUUCCGGCCGCGCCCCUUGCUGCACCUGCUCCGCACGCAUCUGCGUACCCGCGGGCUCCUGCUCCUGGCAGUGACCGUGCUCCGCCUGCCUACGUUCGUCCUGUGUCUGCCUCGCAGUAUCCGCCCCUGCCCUGGAUUCCCCCUCUUCCGGACACGGGAUUUGUGGGAGCGGGAGGCGGAGGGGCGAGGGGAGCCUUCGUUCCUCCGCGUCGUUUUGCUGAAGCUCCGUCCGUGCAGCCUCCGCCCCCUCUUCCCGUUCCGCCUGCCGCGUUGAGGACCGGAGUGGCUCAAGUUCCCACGGCGACCCUCGCGCAGCUGUGGCGCUUGGUGGAGUGCCAGCAGGCCCUGACACUGAUUCUGGUGAAUGCGCACUUCGCCAUUCUCCAGAGCCCAGGGAGCACUCUCGGUCGUGAGGCGCGAGGAGAUUGCUUGGCGGCGGCUGCGCAACUUGCCUUCCUCCUCCUACCCUUGCUGGGAGCGCCCGCGAUGGGAGGCGUUGCGCACUCACCUUGCAUCACCAUGCCUCCCCGCUUGAUCUGCUGCUCUGGUGGUCGAGAUGGGUCCCACAUGCCCACCACCACAACCCACCCACCUCCAUCUCAUCCCCUUUUCUCCCCUCCCCUUCCAUCUGCUCUCUCUUCCCUCCUCCCGUUUUCAAACCUGUCCUCCCCUUUCUCCUCGUACCCGUUCCCCUCCCCAGCUACCAGCGCUCUUCUCCCCUGCAUGCGAGGAGGGGAGGGUGGCGAGAUUGGUGCUGCUGGGGUUGGUAGUGCUGCUGGCGACGGUGGCAGCCGUGGCGAUUCUGGCAAUGGUGGUGAUGCUGGUGCUGCUGGUACUGCUGGCGAUCCUGACGAUCUUCCUGCUGCCUCUGGUGAUCCUUGUGCUGGGAAUGGGGCUGAUGCCAAACGAGCUGAUGGCAAGCCUUCUCUGCUGCUGCAGCCUGCACCAGAGGAGAGGGGAGCGAAUCCCCUAUCGCCUGAGCGCCAUUAA